ACACAGUAUGGCGACUCGGGCCGGGAGGCGCUGAGGAGAUCCGGGACCCUGGGGAAUCCGCGUCCAUCCGACCCGGCGCUGCGCUGCCUGCUCGGUUCACUGGUUUUGAGCGGCGGGACUUGGGGCUGAGAUGGUCACAGGAGUUGCCGGGCUCUGAACUGGCAUCCGUGAAGCCGACUUGGGCGGGCAGAGCAGCCGAACUGGGCGGCUGCCAUGGAGCUGAGAGUCGGGAACCGAUACCGGCUGGGCCGGAAGAUCGGGAGCGGCUCUUUCGGGGAUAUUUACCUAGGAACUGACAUUGCUGCCGGUGAGGAGGUUGCCAUCAAAUUGGAAUGUGUGAAAACCAAACAUCCUCAGCUCCACAUAGAGAGUAAAAUCUACAAAAUGAUGCAGGGAGGAGUGGGUAUUCCCACAAUUAAAUGGUGUGGAGCUGAAGGAGACUAUAAUGUAAUGGUGAUGGAGUUGUUGGGACCUAGCCUUGAAGAUCUAUUCAAUUUUUGUUCAAGGAAAUUCAGUCUGAAGACAGUCCUGUUGCUUGCUGACCAAAUGAUUAGUCGGAUUGAAUAUAUCCACUCUAAGAACUUCAUCCACCGAGAUGUAAAACCUGAUAACUUCCUAAUGGGUCUGGGAAAGAAAGGCAAUCUGGUCUACAUCAUAGACUUUGGGUUAGCCAAGAAGUAUCGGGAUGCUCGAACUCACCAGCACAUUCCAUAUCGUGAAAAUAAAAACUUAACAGGAACUGCCCGUUAUGCAUCUAUAAACACUCAUCUUGGAAUUGAGCAGUCUCGCAGAGACGACUUGGAGUCCUUGGGCUAUGUAUUGAUGUAUUUUAACCUGGGCUCCCUCCCCUGGCAGGGACUGAAGGCAGCAACAAAAAGACAGAAAUAUGAACGUAUCAGCGAAAAGAAAAUGUCUACACCCAUUGAGGUUUUGUGUAAAGGAUAUCCUUCCGAGUUUGCUACGUACCUGAAUUUCUGCCGCUCUUUGCGUUUUGAUGACAAACCAGACUAUUCUUAUCUAAGACAGUUAUUCAGAAACCUGUUCCACCGACAAGGCUUCUCCUAUGACUAUGUAUUUGACUGGAACAUGCUCAAAUUUGGUGCAAGCAGAGCCGCUGAAGAUACUGAACGUGAAAGGAGAGAACGAGAGGAAAGAUUGAGACAUACACGAAAUUCUGCAGUACGUGGUUUACCCUCCACUGCCUCUGGGAGGCUGAGGGGAACGCAAGACGUAGCUGCUGCUGCUCCUCCCCUUACUCCAACUUCACAUACUGCUAAUGCCUCUCCUCGGCCAGUGUCUGGAAUGGAGCGAGAACGGAAAGUGAGUUUGAGAUUGCAUCGUGGUGCCCCUGUCAAUAUCUCUUCGUCUGAUUUAACAGGCCGCCAAGAUACUUCUCGCAUGUCAACUUCACAGAAUAGCAUUCCCUUCGAACAUCAUGGCAAGUAGCUGCUCGUCUCCUCGUUGGAAGGCAGCACUGGAUUCCUGCUUGUGUGGCUACCAGUGUUCUCCAGUCUGCUGUGCACCGAUGAAAAUAAUUUUGCCAUAGAGGCAGAUAAUGCAUGGCUGAUCGCCUAUGUUACCAAUGGCUUUAUUAGCAAAAAUACCCCAACCUAGAGCAGAAACAUUGCAACUGGAGCUCUCCAUGCCACUUACAAAGAGAUACUUGCAGGAACGUGGACAGACUCCAACAGCUGCCAUUAAAAGAGGCUCUUGCCAGAAACCCAGUGACCUUAAGUGAACUCUGUAGUAACAGGGCUGGAAAAGGAAGAAAUGGUUUACAGAGUUAACCGCCUGUUGUUGAAUAGCCAUUUCAGUUCUCCCUCCACAGGUGGCAGACUUUACCCCUUUUUAUUAUUCUACUGUAACUAUAAAUCUUUUACCUGGUUGGUUUAAGAAAAUUUUAUAUCAUUUUGCUAAGAUUAUUGGCUUAAUUCUGUGUAAAGAAUUCUGUCUUGCUUUUUUUGUCUGAUUUAAAAAUGUCAGAUAUGAACAAUCCUGAAUUAAAGACAAUGACUUGAAAUUUCUUGUAAAAUUUAGCCUGGCAGGGAAUAUGUAAAUUAAUUAAAACCAUUUGAUUUUAUUUAAACUGUUUACUUUUUUUUGUAUGGUCCCAUUUGGGAUGUGGGGUAGGGGAGUUCUCUUGAAAGUUUUUUAAUAUGCAUUAGUUUUAUUACUUUGCUUCUUCCACAUUUUAAAUGGAACUCUCCAUGAAACACAGAAACAUUUUUGAAUUUUUACUCUUCUCUAGUACAGUCAGAGAAAACAAAAGAUACUGAAGAUACAAAAGAAGUGUCUGGGCUCUUUACAGAUGGUGAUACUGAUAGAUAACUUAUUCCUAAAGAAUGUGAAGAAUAAAGAGAGAGAAGGGCUCUGAUAUUUAAGAGGAAUUUAUUGGAAUUUAGAGAUGGUAAGCAUGGCAUGUGUUUCUCCUUCAUUAGAGAAGGAGGAUUGUGUAUAAAACACUCUUCCUUGGUAAGAUCCAGUUUUCUACAUUGUGAGAUUGGCUGGUUUGAAGACAGUUGCCAAGUGGAACAAGAAUUACUGCCAUUGCAGACUGAAUGAAUUUAUGUACAUUUGGUUCAGCAUCCACAUACAUAAAAACAAGUAAUUCUGGUCUGCUGUGUAUUACCAAGACUCAGAAAGGAAUUAUAAACAAAAUAUUCCUGCUGUGAAAUCCUGAGAACUGAUUCUCAGGUGUGAAUUACAUUCAUAAUAUAAUACAAGUUGUUUAUUUCUGGGAUUGCUCUUCUUUUUCUGGAGUUAAAUAACUUAUUCAUAUGCCUAGAAUGUCCAAAAUAAAAAGUGCCCUUGGCAGAUGUCCCUAUUAAGGAAUAGGGAAGGAUCUUUACAUUGUUUCUAACUUAAAACAUUUUCAUAAAGUAAUGCUAAAUAUUUUAUCCUUGCAGGAACUAGAAAAGUAGAAUUAUUAGUCGUACUCAAGCAAAGUUAAUGUCAGCUUCCCUCUUGAAAAUGAAAGUGCAAUACAUAAGUGUUGUUAGAAAGAUUCCAUCCUAUUUGGAAACAGUAGCUAAAAACAAAUUGAUUAAUGUUUUCCUUUUGCCUCAAACUUUGUUAGGAUAGUUUUUAUUGUUCCAGAGUUUUGCAAAUUCCUUUUCUAUCCAAAAUCCACGGACUAUAUCUGUCAGUCACUUUUCUUGAGAUUUCAGAAUGCUAACUAAUUGCUUGUGCUUGCUGUAGAUCUCAUUGGGGGAAACCUGUGUUUUGGGGGAGUGCAAUGGAAAGGUUUAAAAGUUUGGUCCGUGGAUAAUUUUGCAUAACAGAAUCCCUUACUCAGUUACUGUAGUUUUCAGGACUUAAGGCAUGUGCACUACCAUUUGUACACUUCUACAUUUCACUGUACUUUCUUUGUAAAUAUGUGUGGUUAAUGAUGUAAUGUUAGAGAGACUUAAAAAGGCAGACUUUUUUUCCUUCCUCUGUAUCCAGAACUUUAAAUUGCUGUACUGUACUUAAAAGCUGACUGAUGCAAAUUUCUAGAAUUGUACUUGGUUGUGGGCUGUUCCUGCCCUUUCACAAUAGUUGCAUCCCAUCACCUGCAAAAAAUAGUUACAAUGUCUGUAUAAACGUGUGUAUUGGUAACCAGUAUCUCGGAACACCUCAUUUGUACUAUUACUGUAUUUGUGUACUUUACCAAUUGUGUAAAUAAUAAAUUCAUAAUGACUUCUACUUUU